AUGGAUGAUGACCUAGACUAUGAUUCAGAGAAAGACCUUAUUCAGAGAUCUGAUACGAGUGAGGGAGAGACGGAAUUGGAAGAUGUGCUUAAACAUCUAAAAGAACGGCUUCGCUUCUUUGCCAACACUCAGACCCAGAUCUCGCCAGAUAAUGACAUCUCCAUUGACGUCUCCCUACCAUCGACGUCUCCCUGCCACCAACGUCUCCCCACCACCGACGUCUCCCCAUUACUGACAUCUCUUCACCAUCGACGUCUCCCCGCCACCGACGUCUCCCUGCCACCGACAUCUCCUCACCACCGACGUCUCCCCGCCACCGACGUCUCCCUGCCACCGACAUCUCCUCACCACCGACGUCUCCCCGCCACCGACGUCUCCCUGCCACCGACAUCUCCUCACCACCGACGUCUCCCCGCCACCGACGACUCCCCACCACCGAAGUCUUCCCGCCACCGAUGUCUCCCCACCACCAAGAGUACCUGA